CUCUCUCUCUCUCUCUCUCUCUCUCUCACACACACACACACACACACAUAUAUAUAUAUAUACCUACAACAUAUCGUAUACACCACAAACACCCCCCCAAGAGAGAAGAAAAAUGCCCAGUACCUCUUUACAGAUUCACAGAACCACCACCGCGUCCACCUCGUCGCCGACGGGGGAUUAUCAGAAACAGCCGCACCCUACCGUACGCGUAGUACAGCUCACACGCGGCAUGUCUUCGGUUCCGGACGGCGUAGCGCGUUACCACACGCAUGCUCUGGGUCCCAACCAAUGCGGCUCCGCGUUCGUGCAGUCCGUCGACGCGCCGGUGGGAACCGUCUGGUCGCUCGUCCGCCGCUUCGACAAGCCGCAGGCAUACAAGCACUUUCUAAAAAGCUGCCACGUCAUCUUCGGGGACGGCGUCGACGUGGGGAGUCUCCGGGAAGUCCACGUGGUCUCCGGCCUGCCAGCUGCCUCCAGCACGGAGCGACUCGAGAUCCUCGACGAAGAACGCCACGUCAUCGGGUUCCGUAUCGUCGGCGGUGACCAUCGGCUACGUAACUACCGAUCCGUCACCACCCUCCACGCGUCUCCCGACGAGGAGGGGACAGUUGUCGUCGAAUCAUACGUCGUCGACGUACCGUCAGGUAACACUAAGGAGGACACAUGCGUCUUCGUCGACACCAUUGUUCGCUGCAACUUGCAGUCGGAGGGAUCGGGUGACCCUGUAACGGUGCCGAAUAAUAUGAUGGGGGCUCUGAAUUGUAUUGUGACGAUGUCGGAUGAUACGACAGAGGAGCAGGGUUGCAUCGAGGUGGCGUUAGAUCUUCUCGUUGUAGGGGUAGCUCAUAUUGUGGAAGUGGUGGAGGGUCAGAUAGUUCCUUCCUCUCAUCCAUGGCCUACUAGACAGAGAUGA